AUGGUGUACCGGGAAGUGAGAAGAUGGGUUGUUCUUUCUUGCUGUUGCAGGCUGUUUGACCUGGAUCCUGACCUGCUGCCCCUUUUCCAGUACAACUGCAAGCAGUUUGCCAGCCCUCAGGAGUGCCUCUCUGCCCCUGAGUUCCUGGAUCACAUCAGGAAGGUGAUGCUGGUGAUUGAUGCUGCUGUGAGCCACCUGGAGAACUUAUCCUGCCUGGAAGAGUAUCUCUGCAACCUUGGCAAGAAGCACCAGGCAGUUGGUGUGAAGGUUGAGUCUUUUUCGACUGUCGGUGAGUCCUUGCUGUACAUGCUGGAGAAAUGCCUUGGUGCUGCCUUCAGCCCAGAGGUGCAGGAAGCUUGGAGCAAACUCUACAGUGCUGUGGUGAAAGCCAUGCAACGUGGCUGGGAGACCCUCCCAGAAGGGGACUAGAUCCUGCCAUCCAUCCCUGUCCCUGACCAUGCCGUGGUCCUGGGCACGGCGAGUCUCACGCCACACUCGCUGCCUCUCCCCACCUCUGUCUUUGUGUGUGCACCAGCCCACGGCUGCCUCUGCCACUCACACGUGCUGGGGGGCUCUCAGUGGUUCCACCUGCUUCGACAUGAGCGUGUCUCUGCCUUUGCUAAGGGCUGGCAGAGCCUGUCCCUGCAGGGAAGCCUGGCAGUGCCACAGCACAGGUAUGCCACCCUGCCCCGGGUUCCUUCAGGAGCACCAACACCCACGUACCUGCUCCGGGUUUUAGCUUGCUCAUCUUCCCUCCUCUUGCUGCCCAUCCUCUGUAGGUGAGAGCUGGCAUGGGCCUCUUGGGCUUUUUUGCCCAAAAUCCUAUUUGCUGUGCUUUCCCUGACAAGUCUGACACUGCUUGUCCUGCUGUACCUGGUUCAGCUGUGGCAGUGACAGAUUUGGCUCCACCAAUUUCAAAAAGCAGCAAGAGAGUAAGGCUGGUCACAGCAUGUGGCAGUCCUCCAACCUUGCAGAGAGUUUUCCCCCUCUCCCUUCAUCAGUGUAUCACUACCGGUUGGUUAAUCCUGGUGCUUUCUUCUGCCUUGCCUCUGACCUGGAUGGGAUCCCUGGCUUUUCCCUUUGUCAGGUUGGCCAGUACCCAGUAGGUUUCCUAGGGUUGGAAACCUUGUUGUCACAUUAAUCCCAAGGUGAGUCUAGUUUUGGCAGGGUUAGGCUGCCAGCUGAAAGGCUUUGUGUUGACUUGGUCUGUUGCUUUAACCUUGGAGCCAUCUGAAAUGCAGCAGCAGUAGCAAUGUCUGUUCAUUGCUUUGUGUUAAGGAAAAUAAAGUAAAUCCAAGGAAAGAUGUCUUAAAAUAAAGAUGAAGGUAGCAAUCGUGUCAUAGCAACAGCUCCCAGAAAUUCUGGCUCUUGGCCAGAGGAAACAGAGCAUUCUGGAUGCUGUCAGAAUCUGGAGCGCUUCCCAGCUGCUCACAGUGCCCAUCUGCAGAGCUCCUCACCCUCCCAGGAAUGAGGAGAUAGCAUCUGCUAGAAGAAAUCCCAGAAAACUGCUGAGAGGCAGCACCUGAGGGCUCUGUGAAGGGGCUGAACUUGAGCAUUUUGAGGAAGAGCUCAUCUUUAUGGGGAAGUCACUAUGGAACAAGCAGAACCAUAUUUCUAGCCACCACUAGCCCCAGAGCAAGGACAUGGAGCAAUUUUUCAGUUACAGGCAGCACCCUUUUUUUUUUUUUUUUUU